AAAAAAAUCGUUUCCAGCUUAAUGAUCAAACGCACUCCCAGCCUGGGGAAGAAAGAAGGGCAACCGAGGGGCGAGAGAGGGGAAAGGAUUGAGUUUCGGCGGGGGCCUCCUUCUUUCCCCUCCCCCUGGGAAGCCCCCUCCCCUGUCGCCUGUCAGAGUGACAGUCUUUCGGGGAGGGAAGCGGUGGAGCGUCUUGGACGUCUGCAGGACCGGCCGGGCCUGCCCUCUUUACUGGCACUCCUUGUUGGAAGUAACGGUUGACGCUUAUUCCCUCCCCAACUCCCGCAAGUUGAAGGAAAAACAAAAAACCCACCCCCACAGAACUGUUCUGAAGGAGGAAAAUCCUUUGGCUCUCCCCCUCCCUCCCUUCCCCCCCCCAAACUCUUUUCCCCACCACUCCGCCAAACUCCUUCCCCCCCUCGCCUUAAUAUUUGCAGACAGAAGUGGAAGUCGAGAUCAAGAUGAAAAGUAAGAAAGGUGUCAUUCCAGUAUCGAGCAGCGAGACAGAGGAUGAUGACAGCAUGGACAUUCCCCUAGACCUGUCCUCCUCCGCUGGCUCCGGGAAGCGGCGAAGACGUGGGAAUCUGCCCAAGGAGUCGGUACAGAUCCUCCGCGACUGGCUAUAUGAGCACAGAUAUAAUGCCUACCCUUCUGAGCAAGAAAAAGCAUUGCUGUCUCAACAAACCCACCUUUCCACACUACAGGUCUGCAACUGGUUCAUCAACGCGCGCCGCCGCCUCCUCCCUGACAUGCUGAGGAAAGAUGGCAAGGACCCAAAUCAGUUCACCAUUUCCCGCAGAGGGGCCAAGGUUUCCGAGGCGAGCCCCGGAGAAUCCGCCGUGGGCCUCAAGAACUUGGUUCCGACCUUAGACGAGAGCUCCUACCCUUCCUGCGCCGCCGGACCGAACCAGACGCCGGGCGGGCCUCCGUCCCCUAAACCCUCUUCCCCGGGAUCGAUGCUGGCGCGUCCUUCCGUGAUCUGCCACACCACUGUGACUGCCCUGCAAGAGGUGCCUCUCCAUCUCUGCCAGGCCGCCGGGGUGGGACAGAACACAGAUCUGCAGCAGGUGGCUGCCGGCAGCUUCACAGACACCUCACUCGGGUACCCCGAGGACACCUGUAAAUCGGGACCCGGUGCAACUACACAGAGCGGGCUCUUCAACACUCCUCCCCCGACCCCUCCGGAUCUCAACCAGGAUUUUAGCGGAUUUCAGCUGCUCGUGGAUGUUGCACUCAAAAGGGCUGCCGAGAUGGAGCUUCAGGCCAAGCUCAUGGCCUGAUCCAUCCCCUUUUCAGGCAAAAACCAUUCGUGGAAAUUGGGGUUUUUGACGCCUGGGUGGUAUCUAAAGACUGGCUGCAUUAUUUUAUAUAUUUUUUUAUUAAUAUUUGCACAAGGGAUUGCUAAAAUGAAGCUUCCUGUUACUGAGAUGUCUUCAAUGGAAUAGUCAUUCCAAGAACUAUAAACCUAAAGCUACUGUAGAAACAAGGAGUGUUUUUUUUUUUUAUGUUUCUUGGUAGAUUAUUCAUAAUGUGAGAGGUUCCCAAGAUCAUGUGAUUCUUUGAUUCCUUUUUUUUCCCUCCUAUCUUUGUUGAUGUUUCUUUCAGACUGUGCAAUACUUAGUGAAAGCUAUAGUCUCUUCUCAUUCCCUUGUGGAACAGGAUGCCGACAUGCUGUUUAAAGUAAAUUUUCAAUUUUUUUUAAAACAAGUAUGGACCUAGAUAAUUGGUGUUGCCUUUUUUUCCAUGAUGUAAUAAAAUAUUUUCUUUAAAAG